CUUUCCAGCUCUACUGGCCGAGCAAACUGUCAAUUCUAGUCAUUCUUUUUACUAAGAAAAAUUAAAUUAAUAUAUAAAUAAAAUGUCGAAAGACGUACCGCAUUUCCAAAACUACGUGAUGUGUCCAUACAACAAGUCUCACAUCCUGUUACCCAGCCGCCUGGCCGCGCACUUGAUACGCUGUGCCCGCAAUUAUCCGUCUUCGAAGUUAGUCCGGUGCGCCUUUAACAAUACCCAUUUGUACUCGGCGGAUGACAUGAAGACGCACCUCGAGAAUUGUCCAGACCGUCUUAAAAGUAUAAAGUCCGAACAAAUGGACUCGUUUGCUGAGUCGGAACCUAAAAAAUUUGUGGUGGAGUCCGCUGAAAACUGGGACGACGAGCCUGCUGCCCCGACAUAUAAUCCGCUGGCUCACUGCAACACUGCGUGUGUCAUCCGCAAUCCUCAGGGCGUCGCACCUGCAGAACGCCGCGAGUUUCGCGAAAAAGAAAGAAAGAGGCUCAUGGCGAUAAGUAAAAAAACUUCGUAAAGAAAGCCCUUUAAAUGCAUGUUGAGACUAACCGCCUACCUACAUACCUGGAAUACUGCACUAAUACUAACGCCCCGGAAA